AUGAUAUCUAAUCUACCUUUUGACGUAACAGAAGAUAAAUUAAGAGAAUAUUUUUCGCCAAAGUAUGAACUAACAUACUGCAGGUCCAUUUGUUACUACUUCCAUUUUAUUAGGCUGAAGAGAACGCAGUUUGGGGUGAAAAGUUGCCACGGGUAUUUGCGUUUGAAAGGAAGAGAAAGAGUAAACGAACAGGUAAAUGAAGAAGAUGUUGGAUCCUUUGUUGAAAAAAACUGUCUUGAAAAUAGCUCCAUAUGGAUUGACUUAAUUGAAGAGGAUAAUGUAAAUGAUACAGAAGAAAUCGAAAGGGAAGGAGUAAACCACGAGAAAGGGUUGUAUGGAAGCUACAAAUAUAGCUCUAAUGUAAGUAUGCAUGAUGCAGGUACAAAUGAAAAUGAUGGUAAUGGUGAUAGCAACGAUGAUAGAUUCGAUGAUAGCAAUGCUUGUGAUUCCAUUCUUGUUAGGGAAGAAACCAGAGAAAGGAACAUACGGAACAGUAAAAAGUUAAUGACCAAAAAAAAAGGGAAAAUCGAAAUAAUAAAUGAAAAGGGAAAUAUAACAAGGUAUGGGAAAUCCAUAAUAGAUAAUAUGAAUAUGUAUGAUAUUGUUUUGUUAAUAAAUAAACUACAAGAAUUAGUAAGAUUAUCUCCUCAAACAGCUAUUAAGAUGUUAAAUGAAAAUAAAACCAUAUAUUAUUCUCUAGUUCAUGCUCUUUUUCUUCUUGGAAUUUUAAACGUAGACAUUUAUCAAUUAAAUGAUGAAGAAAUUAGUCUUAGCCGUUUUUAUAAAAUUAAAGAUAAUUUUCAGUAUUUGUACACGUCAAAAGGGGGGGAGCCAUAUGAUGAUGAGGAGGAAGUAGAGAUAGUGGUAGGUGGCACAUCUAAGAUGUCUAAUAUGUCGAACAUGCAAGGUCAGGAGGGAGGAAAUGAAAAAGAAACAGAACAGGGGGGAAAUAAGAUAUGGACAGGGGUGAAGAUGAAUAUGCAUAUGAACAUGGAUACGAGUUCGUAUAUGCAUAUGCAUAAGACUAAUGAACCGGAGGAAGCAGCUCCAUAUGAGGGGAAUCAUUAUGAAUAUUUUGAAGAGCAGUCUAAACCUUUUAUAUAUGUAGACAAUUUUGGAAAAAAAGGUAUAAGAAGGAACAGAACGGAUUUUCAUAUAAAUGAAAUUAAUGAUAGUACCAUUCCGUUAAAUGAAAAGAAAAGAAUAAUGAUGGAUGAUUCGAAUAAUAUUUUAGAAGAACUAAAAUAUAGUCAUCAAAUAAAUAAUAAUAAAAAAUUGUAUUAUGAUAAAUAUAACAGUAGUAACAUUAGCACACAUAUAGGGUAUAAUAAUAAUAAUAAUAAUAAUAAUAAUAAUAAUAAUAAUAAUAAUAAUAAUAAUAAUAAUAAUUCUAAAACGAAUGAAAUGUUAAAUGGCAGCAGUCAUACUAAUAAUAGAAAUAACAUGAGGAAUAAAUAUUAUGGAAAAUUUACCAAUUCUUUUAAUAGUACUAGUAGAAGCGGACAUAAGGAAGAUUCCGAUGAUUUCAAGAAUACUGGAGGAGGAAGCAUUGGCAGUAUUUACGGCAGUAACACUCAUGGAAGUAGCACAAGAGGAGGUAACCCCAGAGGAAGUAACACUCAAGGAAGUAACUUCCUUGGCGGAAAUAUUAACCACUUUAUUGGGUGUAACAAUACUGAUGUGUCAAAAAAGAAGAAUCAUAUGACGAACAAAACUGUGCAUCUCAAUGCAUUUAACCGAGUAGCUCCUUCCACAGGUAUUAGUAAAGAAAUGAAUGUUUACUCCAACAAAAUAAACAAAAAUAAAUAUGUAAAUUAUAAGAAUUAUAAUAACACAUCAGUUUCUCUUUACCAUAAUACGUACAAUUAUAACAGUAACAAAAGUAUGAAUAAUCAAUUUGUCCAAAAAUACGCAAAAAAAAAAGGAUCUACAGAUAUGUUUAGCACAAAAAAGCAAAAACAUCUUUACAGUAAUGCAAAAAAUGAUUUCACCAAGAAUAAAGGUAAUAGUUUUUAUGGAAUGAACACCAACAAUGAUAUAGACAGAGGGAUUGACGUAGAAGCAAAUACACAGAUAGAUGACAGGUUUUGUCAUUAUGGUAAUGCAGAAUGGGUAACAACAUAUAUGCAAGAAAAGACUAAUUCCCUUGCUGAAGGGGAUUACGAGGGAUACACCCUCGACAAGGGAAAGUACAACGACGGUUAUAGAGAUGGAUACAACGAUAAGUACAGCGAUAGGCACAACGAUAGGCAUAGCGAUAGGCAUGGCUAUAGGCAUAGCGAUAGGCAUAGCGAUAGGCAUAGCGAUAGGUACAGUGAUAGAUGUAGCGAUAAGUACAGUGAUAGAUGUAGCGAUAAGUACAGCGAUAGACCUAGCGAUAAGUACAGCGAUAGACCUAGCGAUAAGUACAGCGAUAGACCUAGCGAUAGAUUUAGGGGAGGUAAUGACAAUGGUAACAGCAAUGGUGCGCACAGGAAAAGGAAUCUCAUUGCCAGUCAAUUGAGGUCUAACACGCGUCCAUUGUAUGGUGGAGGUGCAAGUGCGAAAACGAAAAAUGAGUCGUUUAAUGAAGAUCAGAAUAAAGAAAGGGAUAUGGUGCAUAACGCAGUGCGUAAUGAGCUUGAUAACGAACUGCAUGACGAGCUACAAAACUUGAAGAACGAAUCGCCCAAAGUUAUGCAUGAUGGAGUGCUGGCAUGGACUAAUCGUGAUAUGUAUGAUAUACCAAAUUAUGAGCAAAACAGAAAUACAAAUGAUAUAUCCAAUUGUUACAUCGAACAUGUGCACUCAACUGAAGUAACUAUGGACAAGUGCAAAUAUUAUGAUAGAAGAGGCAGUGGAACAAAUGGAGCAAAUGAUAAACGAAAUGAAGAUAUGCAAGAAAAGCUUGUUAAUGAAUCGAAUGUACACAAGGAUGAUAACCAACAUGUAGCGUAUGGGAAAAAACUUAUUAAUAAGAUAAAAAAAUAUAGCAACAAUCAACGAAGAGGAAUUAAACUAAUAGAUAGGAAUAAUGAAGAAGAGAUAAAUGACGAAAAGACGAUCAGAGUAAAAAAUGUAAAUAUUAAUAUAAAUGUAAAUAACGAAAUGAAUAAAACAGAUGAUAAUAAUACAAUGAUGAAUGAACAUUUAAAAAUGCUUUUAAAUAAAUUGAAAGUGACCUUAAAUGAUAUUCCACAUGCAGAAGAAGAUUUAAUAAAAGAAGUAAUUAAUCAAAAAAGCAUUCUUCGAAAUAUUUUAAAAAGUAAAUAUGCUGAUAUGUUGAACUGGAGCAACGAACAAAUAUUGCGUGUCUUAUCCAUAAGGAAGUCCCUGAGGAGUCAAGGGCACAGUGUUAAUGGGCCGAUUUAG